AUGUCCAGCGGCACAACCGCUCCCCCGCGAGGCUCGCCGCCCGCGCAGACCAACGACGCAGGGCCUUCAGACACUCCCACGUCUCCGGGACGGCCCUCGUCAACGCCAGAGCCGCCGGCAUCCCAAACAACGCCGCCGCCGCCGCCUCCUGACACAACGUCUUCCACGCCUAACCCUCCGCAGAAGACGUCCACCUCGGAGACGCCCGACCCUCCGCCAUCGUCGACUUCCACUCCGCCGCCGCCUCCUGACACGACGACACAGCCGCCUCCGUCCAGCACCGAAUCACCGCCCUCGAGUACGGCAGAGCCGCCAUCCUCCACUUCGUCGACGCCCACCAACAGCCUGCCAAGCGGCACCACCUCCACCUCCACCUCCACGGCAACCCCCAACGGCGUCGCCGGCAAGGACAACAACGGCGGUCUUGAUUCCAAGGCAAAGGUGGCCAUUGGCGUUGUUGUGCCCAUUGUUGCUAUUGCCAUCUUGGCCGUCAUUGGCCUUUUCCUGUGGAAGAAGCGUCGCGCGCGCAGGGCAGCAGAGGCCGAGCGUCGCAAGGAGGUCGAGGACUAUGCCUACAACCCGAAUGCAGAUCCGACCAUCCCGACGGUGGGCAUGGCGGGGGGAGACUCGUACGAGAUGAGGGAGGAAGGGCCUGCCGGCUAUCGCGGCUGGGGAUCAACCACGCUUGGUGGCUCAACCGGCCGCAAGGCUUCGACGACCAUUUCUGGCGCCACCAAUGGGUAUUCCGACAUUGGCCCUUCCCGGGGUAACAUGUCCGAGUCGGCACUGCUGGAUAACCCAGAGGGCGAGAUCCUCGGCGCCAUGGGCCCGUCAGCCGCCAACAACCGCGGCGAUGUUCGACGAGGGGCUUCCAAUGCCUCCUCCUCAUACAGCGCAACCGGCAGAUCGGACGGCUCCGACGUGGGUGCGGGCAUGGCCUACAGCUCCAACGGCGGCGGCUACUACGAUUCGUAUGGCCAGAACCCGUACGACGCCGGCUUCGGUGGUGCUGGCGAGAUGCCCGGUCCCCCCAUUAUCCGCGAUAAUCCCGCGCGACGCAGCACGCGUGUCGAGAGCCCUGGUCACUUUCCUCAGCAGAGCGCUGGCAUUUCCCAGAACUUUUAG